GCGGGGCGGGGCGGGCGUCGCAGCCAACCAGGCGGCGCGCGGGGCGGGCGAACUCGGCGGACGAGGCAGCCAAGAUGCGGCGCUGAUCGGGCGGCCGGGGCAGCAGGUGCGUCUCCUUCAGCGCCGCGGCUCAUGAUGUGCCUGGAGAGCGACGGCUCGUCGGGCAGCGGCCCCCCCGGCUGCGGCGGACGCCUUCGGGUCUCGGCGACUGCGGUGGCCGGCGACGACGACGAGGAGGAAGACGACGGCGGCGGCGGCGGCGGAGAUCGGGGUUGUUGCGGACGGGCCGGCGAGGUGCAGACGCUCUCCGGCGCUCUCCCGGCGCCCGGCGGAGGAGGCAAGAGCGCCGGCAACGCCGAGAGGGGCUGCCAGGCGGCGCCCGGCGCGGCUCCCAGCUUGGGCAGAGCCCGCGUGGCAGCCGCCGCCAUCCUCAGCGUGGGCAACGUCCUCAACUACCUGGACAGGUACACCGUGGCAGGCGUUUUGCUAGAUAUCCAGCAACAUUUUGGGGUUAAGGACAGCGGAGCUGGCUUGCUACAGACAGUUUUCAUCUGUAGCUUUAUGGUGGCAGCCCCAAUAUUUGGCUACCUUGGUGACCGUUUCAACAGGAAGAUUAUUCUUAGCUGUGGGAUCUUCUUCUGGUCAGCCAUUACCUUCUCCAGCUCCUUUAUCACUGAACAGUACUUUUGGCUGUUUGUCCUCUCCCGAGGUUUGGUUGGCAUCGGUGAAGCUAGUUACUCUACCAUCGCUCCAACUAUUAUCGGAGAUCUCUUCACCAAAAACACUCGGACACUUAUGCUGUCGGUCUUUUAUUUUGCAAUUCCUCUGGGCAGUGGCUUAGGAUAUAUCACGGGAUCAAGUGUCAAGCAAGUAGCUGGAGAUUGGCACUGGGCCCUGCGGGUUUCUCCACUUUUAGGUAUGAUCACAGGGACGCUUAUCUUAAUAUUUGUACCAGCUGCUAAAAGAGGCAAUGCUGAACAACUGGGAGCACAGCUGAAGGCCCGGACCUCCUGGCUGAGGGACAUGAAGGCCUUGAUAAGAAAUCGCAGUUAUGUGUUUUCGUCCCUGGCUACCUCUGCUGUUUCCUUUGCCACGGGAGCUUUGGGGAUGUGGUUCCCUGUUUACCUGCAUCGGGCCCAAGUUGUUCAAAAAACAGCAGAGAUUUGCACUUCACAGCCCUGUGGGACUAAAGACAGCUUGAUCUUUGGAGCCAUCACCUGCUUCACUGGAUUUCUGGGCGUGAUCACUGGGGCUGGAGCUACCAAGUGGUGCCGGGUGAAAACACAGAGAGCGGAUCCUCUAGUUUGCGCUGUCGGGAUGCUGGGAUCAGCCAUCUUUACCUGCUUGAUUUUCGUUGCAGCCAAGAACAGCAUCGUAGGAGCCUAUGUCUGCAUUUUUAUUGGUGAGACUCUUUUGUUUUCAAACUGGGCCAUCACAGCUGACAUUCUUAUGUAUGUGGUUAUUCCUACACGACGAGCGACAGCCGUAGCUUUGCAGAGCUUCACCUCACAUCUUUUGGGAGAUGCUGGAAGUCCCUACCUGGUUGGAUUUAUCUCCGAUGUGAUACGGCAGAGCACAAAGGAGUCGCCACUCUGGGAAUUCCUCAGUUUAGGUUAUGCGCUGAUGCUGUGCCCUUUUGUUGUGGUCCUCGGGGGGAUGUUUUUCCUGGCCACCGCCUCUUCUUCCUAAGCGACAGAGCCAAAGCUGAG